CCGGAUCCCCCACAGAAGCCCUGGGCCAGGAUGGGGCCGCCGCCACCGGGCUCCCCCGCGUCCCUGCUGCCCGCAGCCGCCCUCUGCCUCCUUUCCUGCCUCCUCUCGGCACCUCGGGGCCACGCGUGCCCCGUAGGCUGUGUGUGCGCGGACUCUCACACGGUGGACUGCCGGGCCCGAGGGCUGCCCAGCGUGCCGAGCGCCUUCCCCCUGGACGUGCGGAAGCUGCUGGUGGCGGACAACCACAUCGAGGCCAUCCCGGCCGACUUCUUCAUCUUUUACGGGGACCUGGUCUACCUGGACUUCAGGAACAACUCGCUGAGCUCGCUGCAGGAGGGCGCCUUCAGCGGCUCGGCCAAGCUCAUCUUCCUGGACCUGAGUUACAACAACCUGACCGAGCUGGGGGCCGGCACCUUCCGCUCGGCCGCCAAGCUGCUCAAGCUCAGUUUGGCCAACAACCGCCUAGCCGGCGUAGACGAGGCCGCCUUCGAGAGCCUGGAGUCGCUCCAGGUGCUGGAGCUCAACGAUAACGACCUCCGGAGCCUCAACGUGGCCGCCCUGGCCGCCCUGCCCUCCUUGCGGACCCUGCGCCUGGACGGCAAUCCGUGGCUCUGCGACUGCGAGUUUGCCCAGCUCUUCUCCUGGCUCCAAGACAAUGCGUCCAAGCUGCCCAAGGGCCUCAAUGAAAUCCAGUGUUCCCUGCCCAUGGAAAACAGAAGAAUUUUCCUGCACGAGCUAUCUGAAGCCAGUUUUAGCGAGUGCAAGUUCAGCCUCUCGCUGACAGACCUCUUCAUUAUCAUCUUUUCGGGGGUGGCUGUGUCCAUCGCCGCCAUCAUCUCCAGCUUUUUCCUGGCCACUGUGGUCCAGUGCUUCCAGAGGUGCGCCCCCAACAAAGACACAGAUGACGAAGAUGAAGAAGAGGAUGACUGACCUGUGCAAGCCUGGCACGUCGUGCCCAAGGACCCGAGCCAGGCGCCCAUCUUAGCGAAAAGAAGGGAAAACGGUGGCUCCAGGAAAGCGUCGUCUGCCUUUCCCCUUCCUCUAGACCUUGAGGUCUCCUACCCUGCUGGCCUGGCUGGGGGCUUUGCUUCUCGGGGCUUAGGAGUCAGCAGAAAGAGAGAAGCCCAAGGAAACCCCGAGGGAGCCAUGCCAUUGUUGUCCAGCCUCUGAGAAAAGCCAGUCCCUGGAUUGGGUCUGAAGGAGAACAAAUUGCAAAGCAAGCUUCCUGACUGGGGAUGAGG